AUGGAUAAGUUCGGAUUAGAGGCCUUAGUGCCCUUGGUAAAGCAAGAGGACCGAGAAUUAUCUGGUAAAUAUGAUCAUUCAAUGACUUUGGGGGCAGAUUUAUCUUCUAUGCUACAUUCAUUGGGAAUACCAAGAGAUUCAAAAAGACAUAAAGUACUGGAUACAUUUCAAUCACCAUGGGCAGAAACGAGCAGAAGUGAAGUAGAACCUAGAUUUUUUAUACCAGAGUCUUUUGUUAACAUACCAAACGUAUUGCAUUCCCAAUCGACGCCGCCCUGCUUUAACAGUGUGCAACAGGACCAGCAAAGAGUAGCACUUUUCCAAGAUGAAACUCUUUUUUACCUUUUUUACAAACAUCCAGGUACUGUAAUCCAGGAAUUGACUUAUUUGGAACUACGUAAACGCAAUUGGCGUUAUCACAAAACCUUGAAGGCAUGGUUAACAAAGGACCCAAAGAUGGAGCCGGUAGUAUCGUCAGAUGGAUUAAGCGAACGAGGAUCUUAUGUAUUUUUUGAUCCUCAAAGGUGGGAGAAAUGUCAAAGAGAUUUCCUACUUUUCUAUAAUGCUAUUAUGUAA